GUUGUAAACUUCUACUAAAACGAGAGUUAAAUAUUUGUUUUUAUCAGCAAUGUCAACGUUGAAUCCUUCCAAAGAUUUAAAAGAUAAAGUCUCCUGUUUAAUAAAAAAAUUAGAAACAGCAGAAAAUGAUCAGCUGUUAGUUAACGUCCUAUCGGAAAUGUUUAAUGAUGAAACGCUUGAAGGCUCCAGUAUAGCAAAGUCAUUAUUUUACUUUACUGAGAAGUAUAUUAACUUCUUGUCCUUCGACGUGGCGAAUCAUAUAAUCCAGAACGUUGAAAGGCGAGACCAUUUUGAUGAUGUUACUCUACUACUUAAAUUAAGAUUAUCCGAACUUUUCUUCUCGCAGAACCGCUAUGAGCUGGCUCUUGGCAGCCUGCAUUCCCUAAAAUUAGAUUUGAGUAGCAAUAAUCUUGCUCACUGGAAGUUUAAAGUUAUCUUGCAGAAAUGUAAAUUAAAUUUUUUGCUUAAUAAUAGUUCUGAGGCUUAUCACGUUCUUCAAACGCAGGCAAGGCCUCUAAAGAAGUGGCUAGUUGACAAACAAUCUAUCGUUCAGUAUAACUUUUUAGAGGCGAAGAGUUUAUAUGCAGUGGGAAAAUAUUUGGAAGCUGCUAAUUUGUGCCUACCAUUAUUAACCGAAGAAAAUAUUACCGAAGAACAGAGACUUUUUGUGCUAGAGUGCGCUACGGCCUGCUCGGUGUUAGCUUCCGUAGGAGAGCGUAAGAAGAGCUUGCUUUCAGUCCUAUAUAAGCUGGGACAGUGUAGGAGUACAAUAUUAUUUAAACUCCUGGAAAGGAUGUACUUGGAUCAGUUAAUAACUUUUGAAGAGAGAAGUUACUUUUUGGAAUUUAAAAAAAUCCAACUUGCAACUUUGCUGGCGGAAGAGUGGCAAACAGCGUUGACUCGAGCCAUACUUGAACACAAUCUUUGCACUAUAUCAAAAUUUUGCAGUCAAGUCCGAAUAUCUUGGCUGGGUGUCACGCUUGGAAUAACCUCUGAAAAGGCUGAAGAGCUCACAGCUACAAUGGUUAUAAACAAGCAAAUAAAAGGUUGUAUUGAUCAAGCUAACGAUGUCAUUAUUUUUGUUUCCUUAGAUGAAAAAAACUGUAGUGAAAAUUCAAGCAUCGACAUGAAACAUGACCUUUUAAACAAAAUAAUUGGCAAAAUAGAGGAGCGACACCCGAAAUGGUUCCAGUUGAAAACUCAAAAUUUUGACUGUAGCCUUAAUUUUUAA